CCCGACUUCUGCUGAAACAUCCACCACUAGUGCAGCUGAAACAUCUACAACAACAGAGAGAUCCACAAUCACGACUUCUGCUGAAACAUCCACAACUAGUGCAGAAGAAACAACUACUACAAUAGAGACUUCCACAAUCACGACUCCUGGUGAAACAUCAAUCACUAGUGCAGCAGAAACAUCUUCAACAACAGAGACUUUCACAAUCACGACUCCUGCUGAAAUAGUCACCACGAGUGCAGCAGAAAAACCUACAACAUCAGAGACUUCCACAAUUACGACUCCAUAUAAAACAUCCACCACGAGUGCAGCAGAAACAUAUAAAACAUCAGAGACUUCCACAGUCACGAGUCCUGGUGAAACAUCCACUACUAGUGCAGCAGAAACAUCUACAACAACAGAGACUUCCACAAUCACGACUCCAUAUGAAACAUCCACCACUAGUGAAAAAGAAACAUCUACAUCAACAGAGACUUCCACAAUCACAACAACUGCUGAAACAUCCACCACUAGUGCAGCAGAAACAUCUACAACAACAGAGACUUCCACAAUCGCGACUCCAGCUGAAACAUUCACCACUCGUGCAGCAGAAACAACAACAGAGACUUCCACAAUCACGACUCCUGCUGAAACAUCCAGAACUAGUGCAGCAGAAACAACAACAACAGAGACUUCCCCAAUCACGACUCCUGCUGAAACAUCCACCACUAAUGCAGCACAAAUAUCUACAACAACAGAGACUUCCACAAUCACAACUCCUACUGAAACAUUCACCACUAGUGCAGCAGAAACAUCUACAACAACAGAGACUUCCAAAAUUACGACUCCUGAUGAAACAUCCACCACUAGUGCAGCUGAAACAUCUACAACAACAGAAACUUCCACAAUCAAAACAACUUCUGCUGAAAUAUCUGCAACAACAGAAAAUUCCACAAUCACGACUUCUGCUGAAACAUCCACCACUAGUGCAGCUGAAACAUCUACAACAACAGAGAGAUCCACAAUCACGACUUCUGCUGAAACAUCCACAACUAGUGCAGAAGAAACAACUACUACAAUAGAGACUUCCACAAUCACGACUCCUGGUGAAACAUCAAUCACUAGUGCAGCAGAAACAUCUUCAACAACAGAGACUUUCACAAUCACGACUCCUGCUGAAAUAGUCACCACGAGUGCAGCAGAAAAACCUACAACAUCAGAGACUUCCACAAUUACGACUCCAUAUGAAACAUCCACCACGAGUGCAACAGAAACAUAUACAACAUCAGAGACUUCCACAGUCACGAGUCCUGCUUGCACUUAUUUUCAAGAAGUUUCAUUCCUUCCUUAG